AUGCCCCUCCUGACGGAUCUAAAGAAUCAGACAACUUCAGGCUUUCAAUUUCCUCCGAAAUUCUGGCUCAAUCCAAUCACGAUUCUCCUCCUCUCCCUUCUUGCUUUACUUGCUCUUUUGGUGGUAAUCCUCUGCGUCGGAUAUUGCAUUUUUGACAAACUGGAGCAGACGAGGGCCAAGAGGAAUAGACAAAGAUGGGAAGAACGACGAGAAGCGCAAAGGAAAAGGGAUGAAGAAUGGGACCUUCGAUUCGACAGAGCGAUUGCUGACGCUUCUCGUCGAAAAAUUACUGAGUCAUCUUCCAGAAACGCAAAUUGGCUGGCGUACGUUUCGAGUAAUCGUGCUGAUCAAGGACCCAUCAGGUCCUCCCGCAGUGGCAAUGUUCAAGACACUCCUUUGUCGACUUUAAUUUCCGCAAAUUCCAGCCCAAAAUGUAGCGCGAAGAAUUGCGCCCGCACCAGAACGGAAAAAGCUGCACGAAAAGCAAAAAUUAAUGCACGAAGAGCCGCGAGAAGAAAGCAGUUGAACAAGAUACCCGACAAGUAUGUGCCUGCCCUGUGCGAGGGAAUCAUGGACACGACUAUUACGCUUACGAAAACUGGAUAUACAGUCUUGCGUUGCAUUCCACCCGCAGUCCGACAUGUUUACAACGCUGCAACUACUGUUCAUAAUCAUUUACGAGGAGGACCAUCAUCACGCCCGUCAUAUUACGUUCGCCCAGCUCCAUCUCCACCUCCUCAGACUUCUUCUCGCGCUGCUUCUCCUUCGCGAAAGAAGGAAUCAAAGAAGGAAAAGAAGGAGCCAAAGAAAGAAGACAACAAAGGUUGGCCAACUUCAACCUUUCACUCGACCAACAACGACAACAGCAACAAGAAGACGUGGGGUAGUCAGCCAAGAAAAGAAGUAACAGAAUUGCCAGCAACAAAAGCUAUCACCGAGUGCAUCUAUUACGAAGACGACGAGCACGAAUUCGGUAGCUUCAAUGAUUGGAUCUGCAAAGAGUGCUUCCGUGAGGAUCCAAGAUGCCAAAAAGUGCUGAGAAGGCCGAAGCCGCUUGGUCAUACUCUUCCGGGUAGCAAGUUUGCGAGUCGAAAUGACUGCCCUCUUUGCAAAGACUGUGAAAAAAUUGGCGAGCACGACAAUUAUGUUUGUGCUGGUUGUCUCAAUUUCUAUCUUGAUAUCGAAAAAUCCCUUCCAACUAAUUAA